GAGGAGGUUAAGUGUAUCACCACUACUUGUACUCAUAUCUGCAUUUUUUUCCUUUUUUUUUUCUUUUGUAACGUUAAAAUAGGAAAUUUUUUCUAUAAAGGCCAAUAGUUGAGAGACCUAGCCUGAGCCAAACUCUCAGAUUUAAGUGAAUUCCAAACCAAAUUAACUUUGAAGGAAGGAAAUUUCCUUCUAAUUAUACUACUACUACUACUUAUUUAAGCGUAAAACUCUUAUUAAUAAAUUAUAUUUCCUUUCUCUAAUCUUACCAUAUACGAAUUCUGCGGGUAGUCUCUUUUUACGCUCAUUACCCUACCCAAAGAAGACAAAAAAGAGCAUGGCCCCUCAAAACUAACAAUCAUGGAGGAAGUCUUGAGGAAGGAACGCUAUUCAGAAGAUGAAAUUGGUGCCAUCGUGACUCUUGCUAUUCUCAAGCGUACAAAAUUGGAUAGUCUAACUCUUUCUGCUCUUGAUGAACAUAAAACCAAAUAUUUGGAAGCCAUUAGAAAAAAUAUUACCAGGCGAAUCCUGCAAAUAACCAAUGAGAAGAUAACCCCAGAAGCCACCACCAGCCCUGCAAAUAACAUCAUUCUGGGAAACCAACAGUCCCCAGCAGGCGAAUCCUCCUCUUCCUCCUCGGUUGACGGGUAUAUCCCGCCUGAUAUUCCCCCUGUACCCAGCCUGCAUGGCUUCAUUAGAAUAUGCAGCAGGCCCUUUCAGAAGCAGUUGACAGAGACUGAUGUGAAGGAUAGUCAAAACAGGCUGUCAAUGAAGAAGAUGCAUGUGGAAGAAUUGCUGAAGCCACUGUUGGGACCUGAGGAGGACCUUGUUAAGGGCAUCCCUGUUACCACAUUUGAUUAUAGGGGCACUGCCUACCCAAUGGUGUUUAAGAUUUGGGUGUCCAAGAUUUAUGUUCUGAUCAAUGGGUGGAAAAGGUUCCAAAAUGAUCAUGGCCUGAGGAAGAAUGAGGAUUUUGUUACAAUUUGGAUGUUUAGGCAUGACGUGAUGGGGAACCUGUGUUUUGUGAUCAUUGCAAGGAGGUUACCCGGGGCUCAGCCGCUGAAGAUCAAGAGGACAAAACAUAAUCAUUUAAGCAAUAGCAACAAUGAGGUCGCUUGAUGGUGGCAAGGUCAAAUAGUAUUGGUAGUCCUGUUAAGUGUAUAUCCCAUUAGUUUCGAGUAGUAUAUUUGGAAUAUAGGAAUUCUUUCUCCAUUGGAGUUUUAAGUUAUUUAAAUUCUAUUUUUCUGAAAGAAUUAAAAAUAUUCUUGAUAGUUGGUGAAUAAGAAAUAGGAAUUAUAUUCUUUAAAGUUUAGCACAGAUGCUUCCAAAACCCGAAUUUUAAAUCAAGUUAUCACAUUUAUUUUCUCAUUUAAGUCUUUGAAUGAGAUAAAGUCUUUAAACAUCAUUGUUUUUGGUAGAAGAUUGUAACAUCUAGAAAGAGUAUAGCAUCUGUCAUCUUGUUUAAUUGGAACUAAUAGAGUGAGAAAUCCAUCUAUGUGAAUGCCUCCACGUCUAUUAGAAUGCGUUUAAUCAAUGUUCAACUUAAGAACAACUAAGUAGCCCUAAAUCCAAUAGGAAGUAGUUUUGAUUCAAUAGAAGCCAGUCUUAUGGCUGCUUCCUUAUUGUUUGCUUGAUCCUGUGUAACUAUGUGAUAUCUUUAAGUGCAACCUGUAGAGUAAUCAGGUACCAAGUUUAUUUGUGCCUGCACAGUUGAUUUCCUGCUUGGUUUAUCAUAAUUUCCUUUCGUUGAGUUUUUGGUGUCUAAUAUCACAAAUAAGAAGCACUGAACAGCUCUGACACCAAAUGUUCCUCAACCAAACUCACUUGUUCAGCCACCAUUUUGAUGAUAGUCUAGUGCCAGUGGUAUGUGAUUAGUAUUUUAAAGCUGGAGUUUCUAAGUUCAGUUAUUUUCUGAGUUUUUGUCUGAAAAUUCAAGUUUUCAUGUGCCUUUUCUAUAUAGCAUCUUGUCUGGUGAUUUAUUAUUUGAACCCUAAUACUUGGUGAAAAUUCUAGUGAGAGACUAAUUGCAAGAGUGGUUAUUAUAGCUCAAACAGAAAUAUUUCACAGCAGAAGGAUACUACAAUAAUCAUGCCAUAAGAAGCACUCACACUAAUAGCUCCAUCUCUCCUUAUUACGAAAAA